AUGACCGUCCGACGUGGAGAACGUGCUCCAGUCCCUAUCCGGGAGCACAUGGCCAUUGAUGUGUCCCCAGGGCCAAUCCGGCCCAUUGCCCAAAUCUCUGCCUAUUUCCCACAUCCUGGGCUGGAGGGAGUGUUGGCGACACGAGACAGAAUGAGGGGUCAAGGGGCUGCGGUCAUGCCCCCUGGAACCGGGGAAGGCGAAUCGGCAGACGGAGACGAUUCUGAUGAGAACACAUUGCUUGGGACCCUUGAAUUUGACAUUCUCUAUGAUCCCGAAAACUGCACCCUUGACUGCACCAUCCUACGGGCCAAGGGUCUGAAACCGAUGGAUUUCAACGGCCUGGCUGACCCCUAUGUCAAACUGCACCUUCUGCCCGGAGCCUGCAAGGCGAACAAACUGAAGACACGAACCCAGCACAACACUCUCAACCCUGUGUGGAAUGAGGCUCUGACUUACAAUGGAAUAACAGCUGAGGAUAUGGCCCGGAAAACUCUGCGAAUCUCCGUCUGCGAUGAGGACAAACUGACCCACAACGAGUUCAUUGGAGAGACCCGGGUGCCCCUGAGGCGCCUCCGGCCUGGCCAGAAGAGACACUUCAAUCUCUGCUUGGAAAGACAACAGCCACUGGCAUCCCCUUCUUCCAUGACAGCAGCUCUGCGUGGCAUCUCCUGUUACCUGAGAGAGCUAGAACCCCCAGCCGGCUGGGCCCUGGAAGAAAGGGGUCGUAUCCUGCUCGCCCUCACGUACAUCUCUGAGCGCCGUGGAUUGGUGGUGUCUAUUCUUCGCUGUGCCCACUUAGCUGCCAUGGAUGUGUGUGGAUACUCAGACCCUUAUGUAAAAACGUACCUGAGGCCAGACGUAGAGAAGAAGUCAAAGCAUAAAACAACCGUGAAGAAGAAGACGCUGAACCCAGAAUAUAAUGAGGACUUUUUCUAUGAGAUCGAACAGUCAGAUCUUGGUCAGAAAUCCCUGGAGAUAACAGUUUGGGAUUACGACAUUGGGAAAUCUAACGACUUCAUUGGUGGGGUGACCCUCGGUCUAGGGGCCCCUGGAGAAUGCCGACAGCACUGGCUCUCAUGCCUUCAGACCCCCGACUGCCGCCUUGAGCACUGGCACACGCUCACCAACGAGCUCCCAGACUCCUCCACUUUUGGCCCCUGAGAAGCCACCUCGAUUGCCUAUAUAAAGUUGCAUCC